GUAAGGAUGUAAUUUCAGAAAAAAAAACUUAUCGAGAAACUGCAAAUCCAGAGCAGAGCUCGCGCGCAGUGGCAGAGCAAUCUCGUCUCCCUUUGAACCCCUCGGAGCAGCCACGAUGCUUCUCCAAACUUCCGUCCACCACCGCACCGUCUCUCUCUCAUCGUCAAUUUCCUAUUCUGGCAAAUUGCCCUGCGUGAUUCCUGCUCAGGCCUUUCGCCGGAACGUGAAUUUUCGGAGGCUUUCACUCGCUGUAACCUGCUCCAUCUCCCAUGUCCAUAACUACGGAACUGUGGACUUCGAGCGGAGGCCUAUGGUCAAAUGGAACGCCAUAUACAGGAGGAUAUCUCUGAUGGAGAAUCCCGAGCUGGGCUCUGCGAGUGUGCUGAAUCAGUGGGAGAACGAGGGCAAGAAGCUUACGAAAUGGGAGCUUUCUCGGGUCGUGAAGGAAUUGAGGAAGUACAAGCGAUAUGAGAGGGCUUUGGAGAUAUAUGAUUGGAUGAGCAAUAGAGAAGAGAGGUUUAGAUUAACAACUAGUGAUGCUGCAAUACAAUUGGAUCUUAUUUCGAAAGUCCGUGGUAUUACAAGCGCUGAAGACUACUUCCUAAGGUUGCCGGAUAACUUGAAGGAUAGGAGGAUAUAUGGGGCUCUUCUGAAUGCCUAUGUGAGAGCAAGACUGAGAGAAAAAGCUGAAAAUUUACUAGCGAAAAUGAGAACUAAAGGUUAUGCGACGCACCCGCUUCCAUUCAAUGUAAUGAUGACUCUCUACAUGAACCUUAAAGAGUACGAGAAAGUCGAGUCAUUAGUGUCGGAAAUGACCGAAAAAGGCAUUCAACUUGAUAUAUACUCCUAUAAUAUAUGGCUAUCAUCUUGUGGAUUACAAGGAUCUACUGAGAAUAUGGAAAAAGUAUAUGAGCUAAUGAAACAGGAUAGGACCAUCAAUGCCAAUUGGACUACUUUCAGCACAAUGGCAACAAUGUACAUUAAGAUGGGACUGAUAGAAAAGGCUGAAGAAUGUUUGAGGAGGGUUGAAAGUAGAAUUGUGGGACGUGAUCGGAUACCGUAUCAUUAUCUGAUAAGUCUAUAUGGUAGCAUUGGUAACAAAGAUGAAACUUAUCGGGUGUGGAACAUUUACAAAACCGUUUUCCCCACCAUUCCGAAUCUAGGAUACCAUGCUAUAAUCUCUGCUCUAAUCAGGAUAGGUGAUGUUGAAGGUGCUGAAAAAAUAUAUGAGGAAUGGCUAUCGGUUAAAACGACUUACGACCCUAGGAUUGCUAAUCUUUUCAUUGGGUGGUAUGUUAAGGAAGGGAAUGUGAGCAAAGCUGAGAGCUUCUUUGAUCACAUGGUUGAGGUCGGAGGAAAACCAAAUUCGAGUACGUGGGAGACUCUCGCCGAUGGACAUACUAAAGAGGGUCGGGUUUCUGAUGCUGUAGCUAGUUGGAAAGAAGCCUUUUCUGCUGAGGGUUCAAAGAGUUGGAGGCCAAAGCCCUAUAAUGUGUUGGCUUACUUCGACCUCUGCGAGAAAGAAGGUGAAAUUGGCAGUAAGGAGGUUUUAGUUGAAUUGUUGAGGCAGUCAAAAUAUCUUCAAGACAAAUCAUACGCAUCGCUCAUCGGUUUGUCAAACGACACAGUCGACAGUAGUGUAGUUUCAGGGAAUGGUAGCAGUAUAGAUGAUGAACGUGAUACAACCGAGUACGAGUCUGAUGACUCCGAGAUACUUCUCAAGUUGUGACAGAUCCAAUGAUAGUGUCAUCUAUGGUUUCGAGAAUAUCGUCAUUAGAAGUUUGGCAAAUAUGUUUUGCGUCGCCCCUGUCGCAGAGGGUCGAGAAUGAUGACCGUUGGUUCACUUUUCAAGUGCAGUGGGUGAAAGCAACCUGGAAUUUUGCUUUGGGGAUGUGGGAGUUGGGUCAAAUCUGAAGUUAAUACUCAGCAGAGGUAUGUUUAUUUAUGUUACACUUGCAGCCAUCUGUGUCUAGAAGGAGAUCUUUCUAUUUUGAAUGUAAUUUUCCCAGAUACUAAAUAGGGUGAAAAUUUUUGGUGCAGUUUCGUCUUGACCGUUGAUUGAUAGUUUUUUAAGCAUCAUUUGUUGGAAGAGAGAUAGAUAUGGAAGUGAAGAUUUUGUUAAUUUAUGAUGUUGGUAUUUGGAUGAUAAUAUGAUUAUUUUCAAAA